CCCAUAUUUGGGGCAUUUCCUUCCCUGACAGAGGGAGUAGAGCUGGGCUGUGCUCUGGCCUGGGCAGACAUGGUGCCCCUGCUGCUGCUGCCCCUGCUGUGGGGGGGGUCCCUGCAGGAGUAUCCAGGGUACCAGCUCCAACUGCCAGAAUCAGUGACUGUGCAGGAGGGUUUGUGUGUCCUCGUGCUCUGCUCCUUCUCCUACCCCUGGGAUCGGAGGAAUCCCCCUGGUGAACUCUACAUCUACUGGUUCCGGGAUGGGGGUUACCAGCGCUACCCUAUGCCUGUGGCCACAAACAACCCAGAGCAACAAGUGGAUACAGAGACCCAGAGCCGAUUCCGCCUCCUCGGGGACCCCAGGACCAACAACUGCUCCCUGAGCAUCAGAGACGCCAGGAGGAGCGAUACAGGCAUCUACUUCUUCCGAGUGGAGAGAGGACAUUAUGUGAACUAUAGUUACAGAGAUAAGAAGCUGCAUUUGCUGGUGACAGACUUGACACAGAAACCUGACAUCCACCUUCUGGAGCCUCUGGAGUCUGGCCGCCCCACAAAGCUGACCUGCAGCCUGCCAGGGUCCUGCGAAGGGGGACGACCUCUCAUGUUCUCCUGGGAGGGGACGGCUCUUCACUCGCUGGACCCCAAGACCCUCCGUUCCUCAGUGCUCACCUUCACACCGAGGCUCCAAGACCGUGGCACCAACUUCACUUGUUGGGUGAAACACCAAGGAGCACAGGCGGCCAUGGAGAGAACCAUCCAGCUCAACAUCUCCUAUGCUCCACAGAACCUCACCAUCCGUGUCCUCUCCGGAAAUGUCACAGAACUGAAACACCCAGGGAAUGGCUCGUGUCUUCAGGUCCUGGAAGGGGCAUCUUUGCUCCUGGACUGUGUCACUGAGAGCAACCCUGAGGCCACAGUGAGCUGGGCCAAGAUGAAUGGGACCCUGAGCCCCUCCCAGGCCAGGAAGUCCAAGAUCCUGGAGCUGCCCUGGGUGGAGUUGGAGCAUGAAGGCGAAUUCAUCUGCAGAGCUCAGAACCCACUGGGCUCCCAGCAGGUCUCUCUGACCCUCUGUGUGCACUACCCCCCAAAGCUGCUGACACCCUCGUGCUCCUGGGAGGACCAGAGUCUGCGCUGCAACUGCUCAUCUCGAGCCCACCCAGCUGCCUCCUUGGGCUGGCGGCUGGGGAAGAGGCUGGUGGUGGGAAACCACAGCAACGCCUCCUUCACAGUCACUUCCAGCUCGGUGGGACCCUGGGCCAACAGCUCCCUGAGCCUCAGCAGGGGGCUCAGCUCCGGCCUCAGGUUCAGCUGUGAGGCCAUGAAUAUCCAUGGGUCCCAGAACGUCACUGUCCUGCUGCUGCCAGGCAAUUUGGUAUCCUCGGCAGGAAUGGUUUCUGCAGCUCUUGGAGGUGCUGGUGCCAUGGCCCUGCUGUCACUCUGUUUGUGCCUCACCUUCUUUUACAUAGUGAAAACCUGCAGGAAGCAAGCAGCCGGGAAACGAGAGGGCACGGAUGAUGAAGAUCCUGUCAUGGGUACAGUUGCCUGGGGUUCCAGGCAAAAGCCCCAGCCAGAGAGCCCCCCAGAGCAAGUGUCCCCUGCCGAAGAUGCCCCUCCCUCAGAGGAGCAACAGGAACUUCAUUAUGCCUCUCUCAGCUUUCACCAGAUGAAGUUUCAGGAGCCUCAGGACCAGGAGGCCACCAGCACCAACGAGUACUCUGAGAUCGGGGCAAGCAAAUGAGGACUUUCCCGGAGCUCAGUCCUGGCAGAGGGAGCACAGCCUCUGAGGCAGAAAGAGGAAGUCAAUGACUAAGGGAAGCCUGAGGAGCUGUUGCAGCAAUAUUAACAUUAACUACGAUAUGAGCAUCCCCUGGUAGAGCAGAAAAAAGACAGGUGAUAGGAUUAGAGACUUGGGCUCAAAUGCAGGCUCCAGCACUUCCUAACGCAUUGGUCUCAAGCAACUCACUUCAUCUCUGGGUGCCUCAGUUUACCGUUCUGUAAAUCAGAAAUCGUGCAUUCCUACCUCAAAGGUGGUUGUGAGCAUUAAAGAAAUUGGCACAUGGAAAUCAACCCACAGAGGUCCCGGCUUAGGGCAUGUGCUCAGUGCCUGCUGGUCUCUCUUCCUUCUACAAAAAGGUCCUGUUGGCAAGUUCUCCUGAGGCUGAAGUGACCAGGCACAGGGGACAGAGAAGCAACUGGUCAAUGUUAUUUUCCUUCCCAGAAUGCUUCAAAGCCUCCCCAGGGAAUGACUGGCUCCUCAACCUGGCAUUUGGUUCAUGAUACAGCAUCUUAUAAUCUCUCUGUGGUCAUCUCCUUCCUCUACUUGUACUUGUCAGUUUUUCCCACUCAUUCCUCCACCUCCUGAUCUCCAGUCCCUUCACCAUCUCAUUUGUGGGCUCCAAAGUGAUCUUUCCAACAGCUGGAGAGCUAACUCUCUCUCCUGCACAAACCCAUUCAUGACUCCCUGGCCUUGGACAGUACAUCACAAGCAACUGCUCCUGGCACUUCAAAUCCUUCAUAACCUCACUGCUAUCUACUGAUCCAUCCUCUCCUCUUGGCCAUUCUUUUUUUUUUUUUUUUUUUUGAGGAAGAUUAGCUCUGAGCUAACAUCUGCCACCAAUCCU